AAAUUUCAUUAGAAGUUUCCUUAACAAUCUUGACUUCCUGGAAGUUGAGACUCCCAUGAUGAACAUUAUUGCUGGAGGAGCAUCCGCACGCCCAUUUGUUACUCACCACAAUGAAUUGAAUAUGAGGCUUUACAUGCGCAUUGCACCUGAACUCUAUCUUAAACAGCUAGUCGUUGGUGGACUGGUACGAGUCUAUGAAAUUGGGAAGCAAUUUAGGAAUGAGGGUAUUGAUUUGACACACAAUCCUGAAUUCACUACCAGUGAGUUUUACAUGGCUUAUGCAGAUUACAAUGACUUGAUGAGCCUUACUGAGAAAAUGCUUAGUGGAAUAGUGGGAUGGUGAAGGAGCUUACAGGUGACUAUAUAAGUAAGUAUCGCGGAAAUGGCGUGGAUAAAGACCCCAUUGAGAUAGACUUACUCCCCACCUUUUAGAAGAAUUGAUAUGAUCAAAGUAGGGCUGGACUCGGUUCGGGCCGGGCCCGGUUCUGGCCUUGAACCGGCCAGGCCUCGGUUCACCAAAAGGAGGGCCCGGGCCCGAACCGGCAGGUGACCGGUUCCGGGCCGGUUCCGGGCCAGACCGGGCCGGUUCACCCGCCCCUUUUUUUUUUUUUUUUGAUUUUUUGGCUUCUCUUAUUUAACCCCCUACCCCUCCCCCUCAACC